GGACAGGCAGGCCCUGCCGUGGGGCCGCAAGAUAGACGCUCAAAUGGGUGUGGACACUGAGGAAGGUGCACAGGCCAAGCCAGAGUGGUACAACAGCUGGAGGUGACUUGCAACGGUCUGGCUCAGGAAGGAGAACUAGGAGCACACUAGUCCACACCGGGCCACAAUGACAGCACCUUCCAGCUUCUGCCUUCUGCUAGGAGCGCUAGGUAUCUUUGCCCUUGGCCGCUUCGCAGAGGGUCAGAGCAGGACACUGAUUUCCACAAAGGGAAACACCAUUCGUAACUGCAGCUGCCCCACAGACAUCCGGGACUGUGACUACAGUUUGGCCAACCUGAUGUGCAGCUGUAAGUCUGUCAUGCCUUUGGCCAUGGAGCAAACCAGCUAUCAUGGCCACCUCACCAUCUGGUUCACAGAUAUAUCCACGUUGGGCCACCUGCUGAAGUUCACUCUGGUCCAAGACUUGAAGCUUUCCCUGUGUGGUUCCAACACCUUCCCCACCAAGUACCUGGCUGUCUGUGGCCUGAAGAGGCUUCACAUCAAUACUGAGGCCAAGCAUCCCUCCGGGGAGCAGAGCAUACUCAUCCACAACGGGAGGGAAGGCAGUUCCUUGUACAAGGGCUGGCAAACGCGUGUGUUCAUCUCACUCGUAGACGUGGCUCUUUUCAACAGAGACUCUUCUCUAAAGUCAUAUAGUAUUGAUGACAUUUCUAGCCUCGCCGGUGACUUUCCUGACUUUUCUUACUUUAAAACUUUCCCAGUGCCAAACAACCGAAGCUACCUUGUCACCGUUAUUUAUUAGCAUCCUGUGUCCAUCCACCAGGACCUCUGAAAAAAUAAAUGGAGCCUUUGAACAAGGCGUCUGGGAAUACGGUCAUGAGAUAGCUGUCUCUAUUCCCUCUCUGAGCCUCCAUUUACAGCAAAGUCACACCAG